AUGGCGUACAGCUUCUCCCCAAAACGGUUCAGGCACAUUCACUACAGAAGGCUCAUAGGGAGUCUUCGAUAUUUGCUGCAUACGCGACCUGACCUUAGCUACUCGGUUGGAGUAGUGAGUCGUUUCAUGGAAGUGCCUAAAGAGUCUCACCUCACAGCCGUCAAGCACAUAAUACGGUAUAUCAAGGGCACGAUUCAAAAUGGGUUGAAGUACCAAUCCGGGGGAGACGGAAAACUGGUCGGAUUUAGUGAUAGCAGUUUUGGUACCGAUAUUCAAGACCGAAGAGGGACGACUGGUACAGUUUUCUAUUUGUCAAACAAUAUUGUUACGUGGUCUUCUCAAAAGCAACGUACCGUGGCACUAUCCACGUGUGAAGCGAAGUUUAUGGCUGCUACAACCGCUGUGUGCCUACACGGGCAAAACACUCCUAACGAGCAUCCUACACGCGAAAACAGAAGUUUUCCACACUAA